GAGAAGCGCGCGCUGACCUGCUGCCCCACUCGACGUUUCGUCGGUCCUGGGGCGUCUGUUGCGGGUGUUGCACUACUGCAGAGGUAUGGGUAAGGGCGGUGAAAAGGACGACUGCCCCCCGCGCGCCGCCUUCAAGGGCAGCCCAAAAAAGCGCUGGGUCGUCGACGGCGUGAGUUACGACCUGACGCCGUUUCUUGCAAAACAUCCGGGCGGGCCGGACUUUCUGUUGUGGAGCGCGAAUCGCGACAUCAGCAUCGCCGUGCACACGUAUCACAAGGAUCCCGAGCGCACCGUGCUGCCGUUGUUGCGAAGGUACAGAUGUGAAGAACCGCCGGUCAAGUCGGUGAAGCGAUUAAUGGGCGUGCCGCAGUUCUUGCUGCCGCCGAGGUUCGACGCAGUGACUGACACGCCCUCGUACGACUGGGGCCCGGGGACGUUCCUCGCGGACCUCGUCAAGGAAAUGGCGCGGCCCGCGGUCGCGCGCGCGGUCGAAGCUGCGGACGCCGCGUUUGACCGUCACGCUUUGAUACUACUAUUCAUGUACGGUGUCAUUGUAAGCGCGUGGCUCUCCUGCGUGUUACGACCUUCCGUCGCCGCGAUCGCCCUCAUCCUCCUGCGUACGGCUUUAGCGGGCGCGGGCCACUCCUUCGUCCACCGGCCCAAGUCGCCCUGGGGCGCGCUCUUCGAUUUCAACUACGUGGGCCACUGCACGACGGCCGUCGACGGGCACGCGCUCCUGCACCACGGCUACACGCAGACGGAGGCCGACGUGAAGCGAGGCUUCUUCGGCGGCAUGAUGGGCGUGGCGCGCGCGUACCGCGUGCCGAUCCACACGCUGCACAAGUUAGGGCACGUCGUGACAGGAUGCCUCGUGCGGCAGGUCGACCUGCAGCUAGAACGAGACGCAGAGGAACACCAGGGCGUCGAGGACCUGAAGAGGGCGCUCGGGCUAGGGAACUGGGCCCACGUGGGCUUCUGGGCCGUCCAUGUAUGUUUACGGGUCGAGCUCUACGUCGCGUGGCGCCAGGGCCUCCGCUGGUCGUGGUUGUUUCAAUUCAUCGGCUCGCUCUGGUUGAACACGCUCCUCGUCGUCUCCUCGCACGACUUCGACGACCUCGGGGACGAGUCCGAGCGCGACUGGGCCGUCUUCCAGCUCGCGGAGACGCACGACAUGAGUAUUACCGGGUGGCCGCGCCUCGACUGCUGGCUCUCCGCGGGGCUGGCGCCGCACCGGGCGCACCACCUGCUCCCGUACCAGCGCUCCGCCUACGCGAACAUCGCCUCGGAACCCGCCAUCCGGCGCGUCUGCGAAAGGAGGGGCAUCGCGUGGGACCCGCCAAAGGGGCUCGGGUCGGAGAUCCUCCCCGUCGUCUUUCGGCGGCUGUUCGCGCCCGCAUGCGACCCCGCCACGCGCGAGGCGCUGUACGCCGACGCGGUCGCGGAGCACGCGUCGUGGCGGCAGCUCGCGUACUGCGUAUCCUACGUCGGCGCGGGGGUGUGCGGUAUCGGGUCCAUCUAAUUUCCUUUGUUACUGUGUUCAA